UCGAACUGUCAAGUCAAAGUUUUCCAAUAAGAAAAUAUUUGUUAAAAUUACAUACAAUUGCAAUAAUAAAAAACUUUAUAAUAAUCGAAAACAAAGUAAAUUUUAAAACAAGGCGUAUCCAUAAGGUGAAGUAACAAGAGCGGCUAAUUUAAACUAUUUUUAAAUGUUGAAACUAAAGUUUUAAUUAAGAAAUUAAACGUAUAAAGAAUGAAUGAUCCUGAUGAAUGUCUCCAAUAUACACUAAGAACAAGAGAUAUUAGAAAUAAUAUAUCACCAUACCAUAUCACCAUUGAUGAGUUCUUUCGUUUCAAUACUGUUGGUGAAUUUCAGGAUUUUUUGGACAUACAUUUUGAUGCUCAGAAUAGCAAAUACAAUUCAGAAGUUUUCCAUUUCAUCUACAAUCAGCUGACGGCUGCAUAUGAAAGGAAGUAUGCUGCUGAUUUAAAAUUCGAUUUAAUAGAAAAGUUUUGCGCAUUUAUACUCAAAUACGAGGUUGCUGCACCCAACUAUGUGAGAAAGUUUAGCGAAAAUUUUACUGGAACAUCAACUGAUUAUAGAAAACCAAAUGUGCACCUUCGUGAAUAUCUUUCAACAAAUGUUGGCACACGACACGAGUUAUUAUUUUCGCUUUUGGAAUUCUAUUUCGAUUUGACCGAUCACUUGAAUGCAUUUGCCACUAUCGAUUGUGUAAACUUUGUGGGAACUUUCAUAGGCGAAGUUCCAUUGUAUAGCCCCAUAGAUUCUAUCCCUUGUUUAGGUAUCAAAUUUGAUAAAGUAGUUCCAGUUGUUUUGCUUAACGACACAGCAGGUCGGCAUUGUGUAUUCCGUUCAUCCGAGAAUUUUACUGAAAUUAUAGCAGAACGCUUAAAUAAUGAAUUGGACACAAAGGGCGAUGUUAUGAGAUUCUUCAAAAAUGGGGACAUCAAGGAUAAGAAAAAUAUAACCGUUGCCAUGCUGAUGAAUAACAUGUCAAUAGUGAGGAUAAGUCCUGAAAUUGUUGCUAAAGGUCAAACUUUAUUAUUUAUCGACAGCAUAUUUAUUUCGCCAGAAAAGGAAACAUAUAACAAUUGGCGUAGCUUACGUUUACCUCCAGUUUGGUUUGAUAAAAUACCUGCUGCUGCAUUUGACUUCUAUUCGGAGGAGUUGGCUGCAAUGCGACGUGUUUAAAAAUACCAUUAAAAAAAUAUCAAAGAGUUAAUGUGCAAUAUAACAAAUAUAAUACAAAUGUACUCGAAACAUCAAUUGAUGAUAUUAUACAAAUAAGUAUUAACCAAACAUAAUUAAUCAUUUUAAUAAAGAAAUUAUUUACAAACUA